UCCAAACCUAUGAUUGGCAGUGUAAUGAUUGUAAGAGCUGCCUUGUAUGCCAAUCCAACAGUAAUGAGGUACGUCAUAGAAUACUACUAUACAAAAGCUGGGUCAACAUAGUCAAUCAAACACGUAAUAUGUUAUUUUUAUAUUUGAAAAAAAAAAAAAGAAUAAGAUUGUGAUAUGUAGUCGAUGUGAUAGAGGAUACCACACAUUUUGUUAUAAUCCAGCAUUGAAAUCUAUACCCAAAGAUGAUUGGUAUUGUAAUUUAUGUUCAAGCAUGCCUUCACCUUUACCUUCACCCAAACUACCACCUUUACCUUUAUCAGACGAGAAUCAAAGCAGCAAUAAAUACCGCCUAAGACCAUCACCGACACAUUCUACAAAGUAUAUUGAAGGUAUGGCCACUUCUACUACGCCACCUUUAAUAGAAACCAAAAUAAUGACAAGGCAGAAUAAAUCAAGGAUCAAACCAAUCAAAAUCACUUUGAACUUGAAAGAUGCUAAUUUAAAUCACCUAACAACAACAGACAUGCAACCACGAAAAAGAGGUAGACCUAGUAAAAAACGGAAAAGAUCUUUAUCACCCGCGUUACCACCGCCAUCACCCUCUGAAGAAGAAGAAGAAGAAGAACUUGUAGACGAGGAAGAGGAAGCAAAAGAAACACAAAUACACAAAAAAGAGAAAGCAAAAGAUUUAAAAGAAGAUUUAUUUUUCAAGACAUUUGGACAUAAAUUAACAGAAAAGCAAGCCAGCAUAAAGAAAGGCACUCCUAAUGAACUCGAUCGUUUAAAAUUCGAAAAAGCAAAACUGAAGGCUGAAAAAAAGUCCUUGAUCCAACAACAACAAGAAGAAAAACAACUGAAAAAGCAACAGAAACAAUUACAACGUCAUGGUAUCCGUCCUACGAGCAACAGCAUGACCCACAACAGUCCUUAUCCCACAUUCGAACCUCCUAAAAUCCGAAAAAUCUACUUUAACAAUUACAUUAUUGAUACGUGGUAUGUUGCACCUUAUCCAGAAGAAUACAGCCAGAAUGCGACGCUUUAUAUUUGUGAAUUCUGUAUGAAAUACAUGAAGUCUCCUUUCAUUGCUCAACGUCAUAUCUCCAAAUGUAAAGUGCGUCACCCACCAGGAGAUGAGAUUUACCGUGAUGGUAAAAUAUCUAUAUUUGAAGUCGAUGGCCGAAAGAACAAAAUGUAUUGUCAGAACCUGUGUUUACUGGCCAAACUCUUUCUGGAUCACAAAACACUUUACUAUGAUGUCGAACCCUUUUUGUUCUACGUCAUGACCGAGACAACCACUAUUACUACUGUUACAAAGUCAAAGCGAGAGGACAGAGAGGAACAAAUACAAGAAGUGGAUGAUGGAACGGGAUGUCAUUUUGUCGGCUAUUUUUCCAAAGAGAAACGAUCUUCCAUGAAUUACAAUGUGUCAUGUAUCUUGACAUUGCCUGUUUUCCAAAGGAAAGGCUAUGGCCAGUUCCUGAUUGAUUUCAGUUAUUUAUUAUCAAAAAGGGAAAGCAAGACAGGCACACCAGAAAGGCCUUUAUCUGACUUGGGUUUGCUCAGUUACCAGAGCUAUUGGAAAAAUGUCAUUUAUCGAGAAUUGGUGCAGCAAAGGAAAGGCCAACAGAUUACCAUUGAGGAAUUGAGUCACAAAACAAGUCUAACUUCAGAAGAUAUCAUAUCAACACUUCAGAAAAACAACAUGAUUCAAUAUGACGCUCAUGGCAAACACUCAAUACUGUUGAAUUUGGAUGCUAUGAAGGCUCACUUGAAAAAACUGGACCGGAAGAAUUAUUUGAAGUUGAAUCCUGACAAGUUGACUUGGACACCGUUCGUGCUUUCAAGAGAUAGAUUAGCUGCCUUAUUAGCUUCCUCUUCACCAAAUAAUAGUAGCGAUAAAGACGAUAACACCCCUACUUCUCAAAAUGGUACAGCAGCAGUAGAAUCAGAAGAAUUGAUAAACAUUACCACUUAAUUUAUUUUCAUACAAAAAACACUCUGAAUAAAAGGAUUAGACAAUCAUUUGACUGUCCUCCUAUCAUAAAUGCGCUGUGUGUCUAUAACU